AGCCAUCCUAGUGCGCGCUCGCUCCCUAACCCCGGGAUCGCGUUUCGUCUGGUCAAUGGUGGAGGGCGGUCUCUGGUCCCGGCAAGCGCCCGCCUGUUUUGCUCCGAUGCUUGCUAAACUGCCGCUCUUCAUUGGGUAUGCCUCUCCCGUCUCCCUAUAAAGCCUGCCUGCCUGCCUGCUUGGAUCCGCGGUUCAUUCUGGGGCUCUUUCCACCCGCCCUCGCCAGCGGACCGGAUCGUGCGGUUUUGGCCUUAGCAUCCUUCCCUUCUUUUCCAGGUUCCAUCUUAGGAUAAAUGACAGUGCAGCUAGAAGGAUCAAAGAAUCAAGAGAACUGCCAGUGGAUCGAUGCUGAGCUCUUGAGCUACAAUUGGCUGACUAGAUUUGUCCUCACUCUAUCCAAGGAGUAUCUUCACCUUGAACAAUGUUGUCUCUGGACCAGAUCCACACUGAACCACCCCAAACACCCAAGGAAUUGGAUUGGGCAGAACAGAGCUUUCUUCCACCACUGAGUCCGCUACGCAGCUCCCGGCACCGAGAUACACUCCUGGAUAGCAAAAUUAGCCCUGAGGAUGCACAGGCCAGGGCCUGGACAGCCUAUUACUAUGACUUGUUGCAGUGCAGCUUACAGCAGCAAGGGCUCCCAGAAACCACUGAUCACACCAAGGAGCCCCGAUCAGGAUUUGGACCCUCAGAUAUAACCAUCUGUGUCUUGGGUUGCCCUGCUUCAUAUCUGUCAGUGCUUCUGGAAGGUGGCAACCAGUGUCCUGGUAACAUGCUGCUGUGCUUGUCACCAGCCUGGCUCUCCAAAGUUCCCUCAGAAACUCAUCCUGGUGAGUCAUCUUUAUACGUACUGAAGGCUGUGACAUUUGAGCUUGGCGGCCGCACAGUGCUGGAAGAAUUUUCUUCCCCACGUCGAGUCAGCUACUUCACAGGGAGCUUUGGGCCCUGCAAGCUGCAGGGCCAGUCAGCGGCAGAAUUGGCCCGAGAUCUUGAUUGCCCCACCGGAAGUUCGGGAGAGUUGACUCGCCUGCUAGAGGACAAGUUGCUGACCCGGCAGCUGAUAGAUCAGAAGGGAGAAGUAGCUGUGCCACCCACCCUGGCCUUCACCUUCAAGCGCCCAAUGCUCCUGCGCAAUGUGACAGAAGAGCAGCGCAUCCACGUGGUUGAACUGAGUGGCCGGGAAGGACAAGACAACCUUCUGCAGGAAGAAAUUACAGCCUUCUUGCAAGGUGGUGCAAUGGAGUCUUACAAACAGGUGGUGGUGAAGCCCUCAGGCUGGCGCUGCAAUGGAGCCCAAGCUGUAUCGUUUCAUGACAAGUCAGAACAUGGAAGCGUUCUGCAGGUGGUCCUUACCUUACUGGAGACUCUAGAGGAAGACGAGAGCAUUUUGCUGGAGCCUUUCAUUCCUACUGCUCACAUCAUCCAAUCUGGGCCUUUAGUUACAAACAACUCCUCAGUUCCAGGCAACAUAUCUCUGCAGCGCAACCUGGCAAUCCGAAUUUGUGCUAUUGUAUGUAGGUCCCGAAAAGACCAGCCUCUGCUAAGCAAGGUAAUAUGUGGUGUAGGUCCAGCAAAUAAGCCACUGAAACACCAGACCACAGUGCCUCAGAGUCUGGAAAGCAGCCUACAGCACUGGGGACUAAAGGAUGAGAUCCAAAUUGCUGCAAUCCACGCCCAAAUUAAGAAAAAAGCAGAAGAUGCCAUGAAAACCUUCAUGGAUAUGGAGACAAGUCUAUCAGUUGAGCAGAAAGGUGGUCGCCGAGCACAAACUGACAUUAUUGGGGUGGAUUUUCUUCUGAGCUCAAAGGACCAGGUGUUGCAAUUGGUAGCCCUGGAGAUGAACUCACAGCUGUGCCUGGAGACUUGCUCAGCCCUUGAAUCCAUGGGCCGGAUGGUUGGGGCCCCAGGAAGCGAGACAGCACGCGCCUUGGUGGAGACAAUGCUGCAUCGUGCACAAUGCCGCCUGAUGGAGGGCAAACAUGUGCUAGUGAUUGGGGCCGGCGGAUUCAGCAAAAAGUUCGUCUGGGAGGCUGCCAGGGACUACGGGCUAAAAAUCCAUCUGGUGGAGACCGAUCCCAACCAUUUUGCCUCCCAACUGGUGCACACCUUCAUCCACUAUGACACCACAGACCACACGAGGGAUGAAGAGCAUGCCCGGAAACUGCUGGGGCUUAUUCAGGAGAGGGGGCUGCAUCUGGAUGGCUGCCUGUCCUACUGGGAUGACUGUAUGGUCUUGACAGCGCUGAUAUGUGAAGGGCUGGGUCUGCGCUGCAGCUCCUCAACUGCCAUGCGAGUGGCCAAGCAGAAAAGCCGCACUCACCAGCACUUGUUGCGGCGGUGCAAGGAGGGGUCUCGCUGGUCCUCCGCAGCACUCUAUGCUGUGCCAUGCUGCCACCUGGAGAGCCAUGCUGAUGUGGAGCGAGCUGCCAGCCAUAUUAAUUUCCCAGGUGUCAUGAAGCUCGAAUAUGGGGCCGGAGCGGUAGGGGUAAAGCUGGUAGAAGAUGCCCAGCAAUGUCAUCUGCACUUUGACAAGAUCACACAAGAUCUGAAGGAUGACUCGGAUUAUUUUGGCAUUGGGUUGGGUUGGGGCAAUAACAUGCUAUUGAUGGAGUAUGUCUCAGGCACUGAGCAUGAUGUGGAUCUGGUGAUAUAUGAGGGACGGAUGUUGGGGGCAUUUGUGUCUGAUAAUGGGCCCACCAGGGUGCCCAACUUUACAGAGACGGCAGCCUGCAUGCCCACUUGCCUGCCCCCUGAGAGUGAAGCACAACUUAUCCAUGCUGCUUAUCAGUGCUGCUUAGGUUGUGGUCUCACUGAUGGUGUCUUCAAUGUGGAGCUCAAAUUGACAGCUGCAGGCCCCAAACUUAUUGAAAUCAAUCCUCGUAUGGGUGGCUUCUACCUCCGUGAUUGGAUUCGGGAGAUCUAUGGAGUAGACAUCAUGCUAGCUUCUGUCAUGGUUGCCUGUGGAGUGGCCCCAGUCCUGCCCACACCCUCCCGUCCCCGUACAAACCUAGUGGGAGUGAUGUGCUUAGUGUCACAGCAUCUCCAGGCUCUCAAGUCCACAGCUAGCCUAGAGAUACUUCAGGCCCUACAUGAGCGUGGUGUCAUCCGCCUCAACCUGCUUGAAGAUGAGAUCGUGUCUAAAGAAUAUGAGGAGCCUUAUUGCAACGUGGCUUGUACCAGUUCUAGUCGCCAUGAGGCCUGCAUCAAGCUACUAGGCAUCUGCCAGGUGCUGGGCAUUGACUCCCUGCAUUACCCUGUUGCUUACUUCCUCUCUCACUUCAAAUAGCCUUGGAGAUUCAGCUCCCUCAAGUUGGAGCUGAACUUGCAUGUGUGAGAGAAAGAGAGUGAGUGUGCGUGAGAGAGAGACUUGUCUAUUCCUUCUAAAUUAUCCUCUUCUUAUUCCUAAAUUUUCACCCCUGGAGUUUGCAUUACACAAACUUCCUACUUACUAGUCUUUGGAGCCAUUUCUGGGAAGCGUUCACACCUUGAAAGGGCUCACUUCUUUUAGGAAAGGAUUCUAAUAACUAUUAAAUCCUCCCCUUCUGCCCUCUGUGUGAGGAUAUUAUCUUCUAUUUUAUUUGUGCUUCUGAUUAAUCUUCCUGGUCCCAGCCCCUAGUUUCUAAAUUACUCAUGUGCUGGACCAUAGAUAAUGUGAAGUUCCAGGCUCUUCACUUUCUCUUUUUUUCACUGAAAAAGGGGAAGUUCCUUUAAGGUAGCCCUGCAGAGAGAGCCUGUUGCAUACUUCCAGAAUCAAUGGAAGAGAAAGCUAAGGUCAAUUCUUUAGAGCAGGGGUGUCAAACUGGCGACCUGCCGGCCGGCCAUGCAGGCCACACCCACCCCAACUCCGCAAAGGCAAAAACCAUCGCGAUACAUCAUGUGACAUGAUUGAGUUUGACACCCGUGCUUUAGAUCCAAUAUUUCAACAGCAACAUACUACAAUAAAUGAGCAAGUGUAUUUCUGAAAGCACAGUUUUUCCUGAAAGGAACCAUUGUAUGCAAACUCCAUCCAUAUACAGGUGAGCAUCUAAACACCAAACCAACCUACUUAAAAAAAAAGGAUGCAAACAUACAAUAACAGAUGUUUAGCAAUAGUAUGUAAGAUUCAAUAAGAUCUGCUGGCUCCACACUUGUAAACCUUGCAAAUAAUAGUUUAGUGCCUUCUGAUCCUUUUUAGAAGCUAAUAAGGACAACUUUAUUCUAAUCAAACCAUAAAAUAAUGAGGGCAACAGAACAUCCUGUGAUGAGUCUUCAUAUUCAUAACUGAUGCUGGGAAAAGCUACUAUAUAUAUAUAUAUAUAUUAUUUGUGCUUGUAAGAAUAACAUCUAUAAGCAUCCCCUUACCUCUGUAAUGUGCCAAGAAUUCCACAAAAGAAUAUUACUAUAACAAUAUUUCCAAGCACAUGACAAUAAUCUAUUAUAACAUUUUCUGGUUUGCACCCCUAACUUCAAAUAAUCAACCUUCCAAUGGAACUCCAAUGACCCUAAGGUCCUACAAUACUGAGCAGCCAUAAUGCUAGCAUUAGAGUUUCUGCAGUAACAAGCUGUAAUUUUGCUACCAACCUGAAUUGUGAAUACUAUGCUUUGUGCAUAAUCCAAACAUCCCCAAAUAUGUAAUGCUCUUUUAGUACACUAAUAAUACACUUAAGCAUAUUUCUAACCAGCAUAAAGAGCAAUGAGAAAAAAGUGUAAAUCUGUGCAACUGAAAAGCAUUUCUAUUUUUUUCAUGGGUUUUUUUUUUUACCAUUAUCACAACAAAUGGAAACUCAGUUGGCAACUGAUUUGCCUGAGAAAAUAUUGAGAACAUGAGAUUUAAAAUAACUAACAACUUGAACCUAUUUGGAUCAAAGAAUUGGGAACUGGGAGCUUUAAGGUAGUCAGAGUUGGCUUAUCAGUGGGAGCAUUAGUUAAGCAUGUCCUCUUAACUGGUUGGUGACUCUACCUGCCUAUUUUUCCAUAACCUCUGUAAUCAAGCAGGUAUAAUAGGUCCUCCCCAAUAAAAUGCCAUGCAAAAAUA